AUCACUGGCCAUUAGCAACGCUCUUCGUGGCGUAUGUUCGAGCGCGUCGCCGUCGGUAUGAGAUUGGCUUGCGUUCCCAAGUGUGCUGUGCACAGUGAUGCGUUAGAAGCGGUACUCGUGUUUUCGAUAAUUUGAGUAAUUUCUCGCUCUGUGAUCCGUGUUCCUUCAUUCGAAAGUAAUUCAGAAUUCGUAUCGCUGUGCCGUCAACAUGUCGGCACUUCACGUGGAAAAUAAAACGGAGACUGAGGAAAAGAAACAGAGUGCAAGCGAAAUAGCAAAGACAGAGAUAAGUAAAUGUACAAAUGUGGAAAGUUCUCGAAAAAGGAAGCAUGAUGCUGAAGAAGAUGUCACAGUUGCUAGCACAAGUGUUCCCUCAGACCUGACGAUGUCCGGAAGUACUAAAAAAUAUAAGGAUGCGACUGAUAUAAACAGAGUCAUUGAUAACACAACUUUGGUAGCAGACCAUUAUAAUUCUCUUGAAGAAAAGGACCUCUCGCAAAGAAAUCAGAGUCGCAUCGUAUAUAUGAGAAAUUUCAACAACUGGAUUAAGAGCAUGCUUAUAAACGAAUACAUAGGCAAAAUAAGGCAAGGUAAGAGUUUUGGCGCUUCGCUUAGAGUACUGGACAUGUGUUGUGGUAAGGGCGGCGAUCUUCUCAAAUGGAAGAAAGCUAAUAUUUCACACUUGAUUUGCGCGGAUAUAGCGCAAGUUUCAUUGGAACAGUGUCAGCAACGAUACAAUGAUAUAUUGAAUAAAAACAAGGAUAGAGGUUCCAAGGACAGAGGUUUCGCUCCGAUUUUUACCGCGGAGUUCAUAACAGCCGAUUGUACGAAGGUUCGUUUGAGGGAGAAGUUUGCAGAUCCCAGCAUGCAAUUGGACUUUGUUAGUUGCCAGUUCGCGUUUCAUUAUAGCUUUGAGUCUCUAUCGCAAGCCGAAUGCAUGCUUCAGAAUGCCAGCGAAAGUCUCAAACCGGGUGGAUAUUUUGUCGGAACCAUUCCAGAUGCAUAUGAUUUAGUUUCUAGAUGGCAGAAAUGUGAUGGUAAUAAAUUCGGCAAUGAUGUGUACAGCGUUGAAUUUAUAAGUGAGGACAAAACAAAGCCUGCGCUUUUCGGCGAAAAAUACAAUUUUCAUCUGGAUGGUGUGGUCGAUUGCCCGGAAUUUUUGGUGUAUCUGCCCACUUUGUGCAAAUUGGCUUUAAAGCACGGCCUCGAGUUAGUGGCGUUUGAAAGAUUCGAAGAGUUCUACAAGCGUUUCAAAGACGAAGGUAGAUCUCUUUUGGGAAAUAUGCAGGCCUUGGAAACUUAUCCACCAUAUCAUGAAUCACCUCUGCUCGGCGAUUCUGAGCGAGACUAUCAUCACGCUAUCGAAUAUAUGCAGAAUCUACCUGCGAAUCAUCGCAAAAUCGGCACCCUUUCGCAAUCAGAGUGGGAAGUUACUUCUUUGUACGCGGUAUUUUCGUUUCGAAAAAUGAAGACGAUUUGGAAUAGCGAAGGAAAACCAGAAUAUGUUAAGUUCUAAGAUAUUUCUUAAAAUACAGAAAAAGUUAGGAAAAUUAUAGGAAGAGGGAGAGGGAGAAGGAAUGAUUUUUAUUAAUAUUAUUGAUUUUAUAUUGUACAAACGAUCUUAUUUGCUACUAUAAAUGUAACUAGCUUAUGAUUAUCCGUGUGAUACUUGUAGAGCCAUAGCUAUGUUUUAUAGAGACUGACAAUCAUGUAAAAAUAUAUCAUUGAAAGCACUUAAAGGCUUAAUUAUUAGAGUACAGAAUAAUUGUUUUCUAAUAAUUAUGUCUUUAUUAAAAUUUAAUUGUUUCGAAUCGCAAAAAAUUUUGUAGUAGUGUACGAAUUUAGAUCUCAGGAAGUAUGAUUCUGGAUAUUAUAAUAUUAAUUUCCUAAGCGAGUACGUUUUUUAAGUAAUUCGGAGACCCGUUAUGGAAUUAUUUAAGAUAGAUUCCAAUCGAAAUUAUAUAUAUCCGUUUUUCCUUAAAAAAUAAUACAAAUUUAAGAGAUGACUGAAUAAUUUCGAUCGGAAUCCAUCUCGAACAGAUCUGUAAUAAAUCCUCUUCUCGCAUAUCAGGGAAAAUGUAAUAUAUAUCUAAUCUAACUAAU